AUGCCCUUCCCAGUGCUCCGUCUGCACAUAGGAAGCUGGGAACGACAAAUUCACUCUGCAGAGCAGCUGCUGAAAUGCUUCAUUCCUCCUCCCAAGCAUCCAAAAAUCAGCGUGUCUAGCAAAAGACCAAAGACAAAAACCACUAAGAAGUGCUCUCAGCGUGCCACUUCCAAUGUAUUUGCAAUGUUUGAUCAGUCGCAAAUUCAAGAAUUCAGAGAGGCUUUCAACAUGAUUGAUCAGAAUAGGGAUGGCUUCAUUGACGAAGACAACUUGCACAAUAUGCUCAUUUCCGUUGGAAAGAAUCCAACAGAUGAAUACCUAGAUGCCAUGAUGAAUGAGGCUCCAGGCCCCGUAAACUUCACUAUAUUCCUCACAAUGUUUGGUGAGAAGUUAAAGGGUGCUGAUCCAGAAGGUGUAACCAGAAAUACUUUUGCUCGCUUUGAUGAGGAAGCGGACAGGUAUGUGGGUUUAUUCAAGAAGACUUACCUGAGAGAGCUGCUGACGACUAUGGGAGACAGGUUUACAGAUGAAGAGGUAGAUGAGCUGUACAGGGAGGCACCAAUUGACAAAAAGGGGAAUUUCAACUUUGAGUUUGAGUGCACGCACAUCCUUAAACAUGGAGCAAAAGACAAGGUUGACUGA